AUGUCUUCGUCCAGACAUGGCGGUGCUGAGGUUAGGGCUUCGCACAUACUGAUCAAAUACGAAGGUUCUAGAAGGAAAGCCUCGUGGAAAGAUCCAGAAGGCUACGUAAUCAAAAACACCACCAGAGACAGUGCGGUUGCUCAGCUUAAGGCGAUGCAAGCGGACAUUGUUUCCGGUAAGGUGACCUUUGAGGACGUUGCUUCUCGCUACUCCGAUUGCAGUUCUGCUAAACGCGGCGGAGAUCUAGGUUCCUUUGGUCAUGGCCAGAUGCAGAAGCCAUUUGAAGAUGCAACUUUCGCUCUUAAUGUCGGUGAAAUGAGUGACAUUGUGGAAACUGAAAGUGGAGUCCACAUAAUCAAGAGAACAAAGUGA